CAGCGUCUGGAGGCGGCGCUCGUCCGCUUCUUUCCCCCCCAACUUGCCCGUGUAGUUCAAUAGCCUAAUUAACAAGCCGCCGGCCCCUUCAGAGGAGGGUGACGGAGGAAAAGCCGCUGAAGACGCACCGCAGUAAGCUUCUGUUCAACUGCUGGCAGUUUCUCCUCCUCCCUUCAUGCUCGAGCAGCGGCUGCAUUCUGAGCUCACUAAAGUUCAUCCUCUCCCCUGCGCCUGGUCUUUUUUUUUUUCCUCCUUCCAAAGAGCUAGCACGUCUGGAGUGACCCAUAAGCAGUGCAAAGCUCUUGAGUCGAGGCCCGUAGAGUCCCGUGAUUGCUUUUCCAGUGCCAGUGAAACUGUCAUGUCUGUGAGCGUGAACCUUGUUGGCCCUGCCCCCUGGGGCUUCCGCAUAAAUGGCGGAAGGGACUUCAGGAAGCCCAUCAUGGUGUCUAAGGUGACUGAACGCAGCAAAGCAGCCCUCGGUGAUCUUCGCCCCGGCGAUGUCAUCAUCUCUAUCAAUGGCGAGAGCACUGCCGAGAUGCUCAACGUGGAGGCACAGAACAAGAUAAAGCAGAGCUCUGGGCAGCUGCAGCUGCAGGUGGACAGGUCUCAGCAAUUUUCUCCCAGCCAGACCAAUGGUGAAAGUUCCCCAGAGAUGCUGAGCAUACGAUUUCAGGAUUCUCUAAGAACCAAAGAUGACGGUCAGAGUUCACUGAGAUCUUCUUACUCCAGCCCAGCUUCCAUCAGCCCAUGGCCCAGCAGUCCCUACUCUCCUUCAUCUCCUGGAUUCCGUGCUGCCAGCCCAUGCAGCCCACAGAGGCCCAGUUUGCCCAGUAACAGCACAGGAGAGUCUGUAGUCAAUAGCCACAGCUUCCAGUCUUUGGGGAGUUCUUUUGGAACCUCUGAUGAACGCAGCCUGCCCUCCCCUGGGCCUCAGGAUCCAAGCAGCAGACAGCAGCGGAGGUCUUUCAGCACCUCCAGCGGGUCUCCCAUUCCAGUCUUGUCUCCGCUGAACGGUUCUCCAUCCCCAGGAGCAUAUUCACUCUGCAACCUUUGGGAACUGAAGAAGGAACAGGACAGGAGCUUCCCCUGCAACCACAGACGUUACAGUCUGGAUUCAGACCCAGCCAUGCGUCGUUUGGAAGGGGACUCUGAAGUUUACAAGAUGAUGCAGGAAAACCGUGAAACCCGGGCCCAGCCACGGCAGUCGAGCACUUUCCGUUUGCUCCAAGUAGCCCUGGAGCAGGAUGAAAAAGAGGGCACCGUGAGUCACUACCCCAGCCAGCUGUCUCCCAGCACUCACAAGCCGGUCAGCAGUUCUGUAGCAGGCACCCAGAAGCUGCAUGUGUGUGAGAAAUGCGGCGGCAGCAUCACAAACCAAGCAGUGAGGAUCCAGGAGAACCGCUACCGCCAUCCCUCCUGCUAUACCUGCACUGAUUGUGGCCUUAAUCUGAAGAUGCGUGGCCAUUUCUGGGUGGGCGAAGAGAUGUUCUGUGAGAAGCAUGCUCGCCAGCGCUACCAGGGGCCAGGAGUGACCAGCCCUGCCACUGCAGUCUAUUCCCAGUCCUAAAAUGUAUCCAAGCACACGAGCGCUUCCUCCAGAGGCUCCCUGGGUCUCUUCCAACAGGCUCUUCUCCUGCACCAUCUCAGCCAAUCGGGGGGCGGGGUGUCUCUUCCCCAGCCCCUUUCUGUGACGUGGUUAGUGCCUUCUGCCAGUGGAGAUCCAUCCAGGAAAGGGAGCUUCCAGUACAAAGCAGAAGGGCUCAUGGAUCUUGGGAAUAGGGCUUGCAUUUCACCAGUAGAAAAUGAACUGUACCACUUGCUUUCAGUUGGCAGGUUCUUAGCCUGUCUCUUAGAAGGGCAGUUUCCGUGUAGCACCAGCAUGUUCGUGUUUGGCAUUUGGUGGCUUUGGAGGGAUGGGAAACGACCAAGGUUCUGACACGUGCCCCUCUUGAGGAUCCCUUAAGGGCCAUGCUGUGGGAUGCAGGGGGCCCUUGGCCGCAUCACCACUCCUCUUUGCAUGCCAGGGGUGAAUUCCAGGUGUCUCUUGCCAGCUACACUCUCACCCACGCCGAAGGCAGUGUUGCUCCCUUUUGUGUCUCGAGCACCUCUUUGUCACCGCGGCUGCCAGCAUCGUUGCAUCCCUGUAGGAAAUGGAGAAGUGAAGGGUGGGGGGAGUCCCUAAAGCACCCAGGUAUGGGGCAGCUUUGAAUAUUGUCUCUGUAAAGCUUCUCUAAGAUCUCUAUGUAAAAUGUAAUAUAUAUAUAUGUAUAUGUAUAAAUUACUUGCC